UCACUGUCAAAUCGUGUUUCCCACUUCUUUGAUAUGAACAUCAGCUGACAGGCUCUGAAUGCAAACCCUUCUUCAUUGAGGUUUUAUGCAGGCAGCAUAGCCCUUCAUAGCAAAGCAGUCUCAAAAAUUGGCACCUGCAGGAUUUGCAUGUGAAAAAAACGAUUCAGUUGCAUUUUACUGGAGUCUAUUACUGUAAGUUAUGUAGGUUCAGUGAGAAAAGCUAUUUGUUGAUGUUUGGACAUUUAAAAGUUCUUUGUUUUAGGGACACCUUAUUCAUCAUCCAGUGACCCACAGACUUUAUUGAUAGCAGAAGCAGGGAGAAGUGAUCUCUGGCUUUAUAGAGGUUAUUUAGUAUGAAAUGGUGUUAUUUUUAACCGUGUGCUUACAGAGUGCACUGCAUGCAUGGUUAAUUUUUAAAACGUGGCUUAAAAUGAUGCCUUCAUACAGCUUUCAGAAUCCAUCAGAAGUUAGACAAAUACAUGAAAUUAGGUGAACAUAAAUACUCUGUGAAAACAACCUAGGAUUUUAGGAGUUCAGUAAGUUAAAAUCUAUAAUAAAGAAGUUAAACAUUUCAUAGUUCUGAAUUUCUUUACUUGUUAAAUAAUUUGUCACCAAGAUGCCUUUUAAAAAUGCCAUAUUUGACCCUUUUAUGCAAAGUAACUGACAAAUAUUAAGUCAACUAAAAUACCUUUGUGAACCUCAGAAUAUUAUCCAUCAAUGAGAACAUUUCAUCCAGAAUAAGUUAUUUUUUAUUAUCUAAAGAGACACGUUCCAACUUCACUUUUUUACAGCCAUUAAUAUAAGAGUUCCUAAAUAAUGUUUAAAGAACAGUGAACAUUUUAUUAAAGCAAACAUUAGUUCAGUUUAAUGGAGGUAAUUGUAAGUGAUAAGACAGAGCAGGUUAUCUCUGUGUUGUUUAAACAGAAGGAGCUACUUUGCACCAUUUCCAGUAGCCAUCUGUAGAAGAGAAGGGUUUGCACCUGUCUGUCCACACUAAUUAUAGAUUAGGGCCAAAGAAAUGAAAUUCGAGGAGGUUUUCAGCUAAUGAAAUCCAUACAGAUUUUAUUGUAAAUGUGUUUUAUGUAAAGAGGGUGAUGGUUGAGUUAUGAGUGAAUAAAUUGCUAUGUAGCUGCUAGGCACUUGGUUUUGAAGCACAAUUCUGCUGCAUUAACCUUUGAUAUUAAAAAAAAAAAAAGAAAGACAAACAACUUAGACACGGAUGCUAGUCUUUGUUUGGCAUCCAUAGCUACAAUUUAGUGAGCAGCAGUGAGAUUCAGUGUGCAAUUUUAAAAUGUACUGUAAAGCAGCUUAAAUGUUAAGAAUAUUCUAGUAUUUUGAAAUGCAGAUGAAGUAGAAGGUAGGUUUUAACUUAUACAUAUAAAGCAUUAGGAAAUCCGAAAGCUUUUUUUUUUUUUGCAUUUCAGUUUCACAUACAUGAGAAAUUAAAGCAAAAUGAGUGAGGAAUUCAUUCUGCAAUGAAAGGUCACAUGAAUCUCUACCACAUCUGUUUAUAGUAAUUAUGAACAUAAUUAACAUAAGAAUUACAAAUGAAAUAAUGACAAGCUGAGCAAUGAGAUAUUAUGCCAUAAUGGUCAUAUGUUGGAAUUCUCACAUUAUAGCACACUAGAAUUCACAUACUCAAAGAAAAUGCUAGAUUUUUAUCUGAAUUAAUGCUUCAAAACUUAUCUGCUUGAGACAGAUGGACUUCUUGCUUUUAUAGGAAGGUAACCUAUUAUUAAGAAAAGAACUAGUUGAAAUUAAGAUUUCUAGUCUCCAGCCUGGCCUUUAAGACAGCUGUGAUUAUAGAAACCACUUCCUGUUGUACACUUAUUCUGUGAUUGUUCUUGAUUAUUAUACUGCUUUUUUUCUAAAUUGAAAGCUUUGCAGCAAAGUGUUUGCUUUGGAAGAAAGUCAUGGAUUCUUCCCAUUUGAGAAUUGGUUGAUCUUUUCUGUAACUGUGAGCCAAAAGUCAGUGAACAAACAAGGUAUUAAUAGAAAUAGUAUGCCUUUACAAAACAAGAACACUGGCAGAUAAGCUUUUGUGCAGUUUUCUUCAUACCUUCAGUGUCUGGAUGCUUUUUAAAGAAAAAUGUAAGCCUUUUCUGUGGAAGUAGUCCGGCUUUGUUUGUUUUAUAAAUAGCAUUUUUUCAAAGCACAUGUAAUGGAAAAAUCAGUUGGCGUUUCUAAGUUGUAUUUUUUACUUCCUAGAGUUGCAUUGGAUUUAUAAACAUGUGUCUGUAAUCUUUGUCCAAACUGAUCUAACUAAUAUGUAAUAAAGGGGCAGGUAUAUGUGAUUGCACCUGGUUAUCCUGAAUGCAGGUUUCUAUAGCAGCUAGAGAAAAAGUGAAAGGUGACCCUUUAUGAGAGCUAUAAUGAUACUCUAGAAGUCUGUUGUUACAUUUAAAACAUGUUUUUCACUCAUUUAGAGUGCACUCGAUUUGGUAACAUUUCCUGCCAAAGGGCCUCCUCCCUCUUUGCACCCUUCUAUAACUAUUGAACCUGCUCACUUUUUGAAGAUUUGCAGGGAAGUAGUACCUCCUUCUCUUCUCAGUGAUACCCCGAGGUUUUCCACAUGAUUGGAUUACUGGUGGAUUGUGGCAGAGCCCUUUUCAUCUGACAUUCAUUGCAUGACAAGAUUUUUCACACAUGCCCUUCCUCCAAUGCCUAGCUUUUUGCACUUUACCUGACCUAUCAGGUUUCCCUUAAUUGUUUUCUUGGAGUGGUGGAAGCUUGGGGGCCAGAGGAUCCACUGCUCAUAAAACUUUUUGAGCAGUGGAUCCAAGUAGUUUGGAGGGGAGUGCUUGAUUCAACAGUUUGCUGUUGUGGUUCAGGGGCUCAGCUGGCCCCCUCUUUGUGACCCCUGCCUCUCCUGAUUUUCUUAAGGUCUUCAGAUUUGUCUCCUCUCAGAGGUGGCUUGCUAGGUCUCUUGCACUUUGGUGUUGAUGUUUUUCUCUAAUCACUAGCCUUAUUUCCCCUCACCCCAAACUAUCGAGCCCCCAUGCAUAAACUGGUUUACAAUCUGAAGUUUCACUGCAGCAGGGGCUACAGUGUAUGUCAGGAACAGUUCUGGAGUUUGUUGGCUUCUUUAUUCUGAACUCACUCUUCAUACUGACAUGAGCUUCUUAAGUAAGCUUCAGUGCCUUGAAAUGCAACAUGACCAAAUACUCCCUCUCCGCCCCCCCCCCCAUAAAAUAACCUUCUUUGCUGCAUUAUUUGCACUCCAUUAAGGAUCUGAUCAGAUGUACACGUUGGCUGAUGGGUGCAUUUAAAAGGGGAAAGGGGGCUCCCAGGAGACCACUCAGGUGUACCUCCCUGCAGACCCUGAUGGGGGUGGAAGAGGCACUCUGGACUGGGAGGAGCGCUAGCUCCCUGCUUGGUGUCUGAUUGAUUCCCCGGCUCUGGGGUGGGGGGAAGAGCUGUGGAGGCAAGCUCAAGCCGGGAUUGAUUGCCUCGAUUUCAAAUUCCCACCUCCAAAAUAGACUCUCAGAUGUACACACAAGGAGCCCCCACGCCGGCACAGUUUCUGGAGGUGGAGCAGGUGUCUGAGAGUCACCUGUAGCUCCCAGUCACAAGUGCGGCUUCUCCCGGUGCCGCUGGCCACGCGAGGUUUCCGCUGGGACCACCUUGAGAAGCCCGGGGAGAUGCCAGCGUUUGUAUCCGCCUCACAGCCAUCUCUGUGGAUGUGGGCAGGGGGCUGGAAUCUAGUCUUGGAGCCAGCCAAGAAAGGGACGAGAACUCCCACUUGAGGUCGGUCGGGAAGGGCUGUGUGGCUGCCCGUGAGGACUCCCUGGGUUUGCUGGGCAACUUGGGUCUGUCUGGAUGGAGGUCACACGGUGACUGUCUCGUUGUUAAGCUCCUGCAAAAAGCGGGCUCUGGAUGCCCCUCUGACCUUGACAGAACCUCCCGGAAUGUUAGCAUCCCGGCUGCCUCCGUCCGCCAUCCCCGGAGCAAGGGAGAAAGGCAGUUUGCUAGUCUGGAUUCCCCCCGCUCUCUCUCCGGGAGGGGACAGACUGGGGUAGGGGGGAGACAGGUCAGCCUCGGCCAGCCUGGGGGCGCCUCGCUCGCCGCCCUUGCCCCCCGAGUCCCCCGCCCCUGCCCUGCCGGUCCCUGCUCCUUCGCUGCAGCCCGCGUCUCCGGUCCCCCCUCUCUCUCUCCCGCUUCCCCUGCCUCUCCCGCGCCGUCUCACACGCACCCUCUGUUUAUUUUCCUGCCUCCAUCUGGGCCCUGCUGAUAUUGUAAUCACCCCGAUGCACGCCGGCUCCGCUCGGCUCCCUCGUGCGCCCGCACACUCACUCACACACAAUGUGCCAUCCCGACAAGCCUCUGACUUCUGAUAAGCUCCGAUGUGUGUUUAAUGAAUACAAAGCCGCGGUCCGGGGGCCGCCUGCGCUGCGGCGGCCGCCUCUCCUGCGCUGCUUUGCCAGAAGCUGGCGGAGAGAAUUUACAUUUCAAGAUUAGCAGAGGGAGGAAAGAGAAAUCUGCCUUUUGUUGUGUGGGGUGAGGAGCAGGCAUCAGCCCUGGCCUGGCCGCUAUCUCCCAUCACCUCUGCUAUCCAGACAGGACUCACCGAGAAAAGAUUGAUCUCUGGGCUGGUGAACAUAAUAUCUGUCCCAGUCAGAAAAGGAGAGAGGAAAUUAGCAGAGCGAUUGGUGGAGAAUGAUAUCUGUCAAAAGAAACACUUGGAGAGCACUGAGUUUAGUAAUAGGUGACUGCCGGAAAAAGGGGAACUUUGAAUAUUGUCAAGAUCGUACUGAGAAGCACUCCACGAUGCCAGACUCACCUGUGGAUGUGAAGACCCCAUCCAGGCUGACUCCUCCCACGAUGCCACCUCCCCCAACAACUCAAGGGGCUCCCAGAACGAGUUCGUUUACACCAACGACGUUAACCAAUGGCACGAGCCAUUCGCCCACAGCUUUGAAUGGUGCCCCGUCGCCGCCCAACGGCUUCAGCAACGGGCCUUCCUCCUCUUCCUCCUCGUCUCUGGCUAAUCAACAGCUGCCCCCAGCCUGCGGCGCCAGGCAGCUCAGCAAGCUGAAACGGUUCCUCACUACCUUGCAGCAGUUUGGCAAUGACAUUUCGCCAGAGAUAGGAGAGCGAGUCCGCACCCUCGUCCUAGGCCUGGUGAACUCUACUUUGACAAUUGAAGAAUUUCAUUCCAAACUGCAAGAAGCUACAAACUUCCCACUGCGACCUUUUGUCAUCCCAUUUUUGAAGGCCAACUUGCCCCUUCUGCAGCGUGAGCUCCUCCACUGCGCGAGAUUGGCCAAACAGAACCCUGCCCAGUACCUCGCCCAGCAUGAACAGCUGCUUCUGGAUGCCAGCACCACCUCACCUGUUGACUCCUCAGAGCUGCUUCUCGAUGUGAACGAAAACGGGAAGAGGCGAACUCCAGACAGAACCAAAGAAAAUGGCUUUGACAGAGAGCCUUUGCACUCAGAACAUCCAAGCAAGCGGCCGUGCACUAUUAGCCCAGGCCAGCGGUACAGUCCAAAUAACGGCUUAUCCUACCAGCCGAAUGGCCUGCCUCACCCCACCCCUCCACCGCAGCAUUACCGUUUGGAUGAUAUGGCCAUUGCCCACCACUACAGGGACUCCUAUCGACACCCCAGCCACAGGGACCUCAGGGACAGAAACAGACCUAUGGGGUUGCAUGGCACACGUCAAGAAGAAAUGAUUGAUCACAGACUAACAGACAGAGAAUGGGCAGAGGAAUGGAAACAUCUUGACCAUCUGUUAAACUGUAUAAUGGACAUGGUAGAAAAAACAAGACGAUCUCUCACAGUACUAAGGCGAUGUCAGGAAGCAGACCGGGAGGAGCUGAAUUACUGGAUCCGGCGGUACAGCGAUGCUGAGGACUUAAAAAAGGGCGGCAGCAGUAGCAGCAGCCACUCCAGGCAGCAGAGUCCUGUCAAUCCAGACCCAGUGGCGUUAGAUGCACAUCGGGAGUUCCUUCACAGGCCUGCUUCUGGAUAUGUGCCAGAGGAGAUCUGGAAGAAAGCUGAGGAGGCGGUCAACGAGGUGAAGCGGCAGGCCAUGACCGAGCUGCAGAAGGCCGUGUCCGAGGCCGAGCGUAAGGCGCACGACAUGAUCACGUCGGAGCGCGCCAAGAUGGAGCGCACGGUGGCCGAGGCCAAGCGGCAGGCGGCGGAGGACGCGCUCGCCGUCAUCAACCAGCAGGAGGACUCCAGCGAGAGUUGCUGGAAUUGCGGCCGUAAAGCCAGCGAGACCUGCAGCGGCUGUAACACAGCCCGAUACUGUGGCUCCUUUUGCCAGCACAAAGACUGGGAGAAGCACCACCACAUCUGUGGACAGACCCUGCAGGCCCAGCAGCAGGGGGACACACCUGCCGUCAGCUCCUCCGUCACGCCCAACAGUGGGGCCGGGAGCCCCAUGGACACACCACCAGCGGCCACCCCCAGGUCGACCACCCCAGGGACCCCUUCCACCAUAGAGACGACACCUCGCUAGACGUGCACUCAGAACUGUCGGAGGAAAGACAACACAACCAACACGAAACCAAUUCCUCAUCCUCAGAUGCUCAAAGUUGUUUUUUUUCCUUUUUUUGUUUUGUUUUGUUUUGUUUGUUUAUAGACGGACUAUCCUGUUUCAGUACUUUCAGCAAGAGAGAACCUAACUGUAUCUUGAGGCGAUCGUAAAACAGAAGGCCAGUAACGGGUCAUAAUGACUUAUUGUGGAUAACAAAGAUUUCUUUUCCUUAGAGAACUGAAAAGAGAGCAGAGAAUAUAACAUGAGAUGAUAGAUUUGACCUCCUCCCUGUUAUUUUCCAGUAGCUGGGAUUUUAAACUAGAUGACCUCAUUAACCGAUGCUUUACCAAACAGCAAACCAAGAGAUUGCUAAUUGCUGUUGAAAGCAAAAAUGCUAAUAUUAAAAGUCACAAUGUUCUUUAUAUCCAAUAACGGAAAAAAAAAAAAAAGAGGAAAACCCUCAAGGGCAUGAGCAUUGGCUACAGCAGUAGACAUUUUAACAAGAAGAUGAAUGGCGUCCGUGGGUUGCUAACUGAACUUUGAAGACCAGCUACAUAACGCGCAGAUGUGUAGCAUAUUGGAAGGAGACACAGAUGUUCGGGGUUUUUUUCCUGUUUCUGAAAAGAAAUAAUAAUAUCCAGGUCAACAGAAGGAAAGAUGAAAGAUGAUUUUGCAGUGGGAUAUGUGAACACAACAGCAAGAAAAAAAUGCCAUAACACAAAAGGCUCCUUUAUAUAUAUAUAUAUUUAUAUAUAUAUAUAAGUAUAUAUACACACACACACAGAAGUCAGAGACUCAGCCUGCAGUUAUUAGCACCCUGGCAGCUUUGACACCAGCCAGCUGCUCUAAACAACCCUCAACGUUUCUUCACUUUUGCAAGGUUCCACAGAGCAAGACAUUGGGUCUAUUCCAGCUCAUUCAUUUUAUAUUGAAAAAUAAUUUUUUAAAAAAUGGUGGCUCCAGCUCCAGCCCCUUUCUAAAUUUUUUCAACCCCACCCUGUUUGGAUUUUUAAU